AUGGCAGUCUCAGUCACCGGGCCGGCCGACAGCGAGGCCGAGAAGACCGCACGCGUCUCAAUCUCUCAGUCGGAUGAGAAGCAUGGCCACAAUGUUCCCGAGUCGGACGAUGCGGACUCGCACUCAUCGAUUACAGUGCAGACUGUUCCCAAGAGGACAUGGCGAUCGUACUUGUGGGAUACAUUCGACAAGUCGCCGGAGGAGCGACGGUUUCUCUUCAAGCUGGAUGCAGUCAUCCUGACAUUUGCUUCUCUUGGUUACUUUAUCAAGUACCUUGACCAGGUGAACAUCAGCAAUGCCUAUGUCAGUGGUAUGGAAGAGGACAUGCACCUCUAUGGCAACCAGCUCAAUAUCAUGACGACCACAUGGACGGUCGGAUACGUGAUAGGUGAAGUGCCAAUCAACCUGCUCCUCACCAAGGUCCGCCCGUCCUAUGUGAUUCCCGCCUGCGAGACCAUCUGGGCCGUCUUGACCAUCCUCAUGACGAAAUGUACCAACGCCCAGCAGAUGUACGUGCUGCGCUUCUUCAUCGGCCUGGCCGAGUCUGGCUUUUACCCGGGCAUGCAGUACAUUAUCGGGUCCUGGUACCGGAAAGACGAGCUCGCCCGUCGAUCGUGCAUCUUCCACGCCUCGUCCGCCAUUGGAGCCAUGUUCUCAGGUUAUCUCAUGGCUGCCGUGUACCAUCUGGGCGGCGUGGAUGGCUUCAAAGGGUGGCAGUGGCUCUUCAUCGUCAACACGGUCAUCUCGCUGCCCAUCGCCCUCGCAGGUUUCUUCCUGUUCCCUGACGUUCCCGAGAUCUGCCGUGCCUUCUACCUCUCCAAAGAGGAGAUCGCUCUGGCGCAGAAGCGCAUGGAGCUGGAAGGGCGUGCAAACCGUGGCAAGUAUACCAAGGCCAAGGUCAAGAAGAUAUUCUCCAGCUGGCACAUCUACCUCCUGACGCUGCUGUAUGUGCUCUUUAACAACGGAAACGGCUAUGGAAGCCAGCCUGUGUUUGCCGACUGGCUCAAGCUACAAGGAUACAGCACCGUCCAGGUCAACACGUACCCGACAAUCACACAGGCCGUCCAGGUCAUCACGACUUUCAUCUACGCCUGGACCUCUGACACGCUGUGCGGAGGCGCAAGAUGGCCGCCGAUUGUGUACUCGGGCGUCAACAACUUUGUCAUCAAUAUAUCCAUGGCCGUUUGGAAUAUUCCUGUAGGUUGGAAGUGGGCCUGCUUCAUCCUGCAAGGUUUUGGUGGCGGUAUCAGUGGGUUGAUCAUGGCCUGGGCGCACGAGAUCUGCAGCGACGACAAUGAGGAGCGGGCUCUGGUGGUGGGCACCAUGAACGAGAUGGCAUAUGUCUUCCAGGCCUGGCUGCCAAAUAUAAUCUGGCUGGAGACGAGUGCGCCAGAAUUCCACAAGGGCUUCAUGACCAUGAUUUUCUUUGCUGUAGGAUUGGUAUUUACGGCUUUUGUGGUGCGACAUUUACACCACAGGGAGAGGGCCAUGAAGCUUAGGGCUGCAGAUGUGUACUAG